AUGAAGCUGUGGAAACGAGCUGCCGCCGCAAUCAAAGACCGGAAAAGCUUAUUAGCCGUCGGAUUCUCACGGCGAACCUCAUACCGGAACGCGGAUCUCGAAGCAGCUAUCAUCAAAGCCACCUCCCACGACGACUCCUCCGUCGACUAUUCCAACGCCCACCGCGUCUACAAAUGGAUCCGAGCCUCUCCUCUCAACCUCAAGACUCUAAUCCACGCCGUCUCCUCCCGCGUGAACCACACGCGCAGCUGGAUCGUCGCGCUCAAAUCCCUAAUGCUUCUCCACGGCGUUCUCUCCUGCAAGGUCCCUUCCGUCGUCGGAGAGAUCCGCCGUCUUCCUUUCGACCUCUCCGAUUUCUGCGACGGGCACUCGUGCCUCAGCAAAACCUGGGGAUUCAACAUCUUCGUCAGAGCCUACUUCGCUUUCCUCCAUAACUACUCAUCCUUCUUAUCCGAUCAAAUCCAACGCCACCGCGGGAAUCGAAGGCUGGAGAAAGCCGAUUCCGUGAAUCAAGAGCUCGACAGGAUCCAGAAACUCCAGUCUCUCCUCGAUUUGAUUCUUCAGAUCAGGCCGAUCGCUGAUAACAUGAAGAGGACGCUGAUCCUAGAAGCCAUGGAUUGCAUCGUGGUCGAGAGUAUCAACAUCUACGGUAGAAUAUGCAGCGGCGUCAUCAAAAUCCUUCCAAGCGCUGGCAAAACAAACGCCGCCACGGCUCUGAAGAUCAUCAACAAGGCAAAAUCUCAGGGAGAAGACCUCGCUCUCUUUUUCGACUUCUGCAAAGGCUUCGGCGUCUCCAACGCGAAAGAUACGCCUCAAUUCGUCAGUAUUCCGAAAGCGGAAGUAGAAGCAAUCGAGAAAACGGUCGAAGAAAACAAACCGAAGAAAGACGAAGAAGAAGAAGAAGAUGAGAAGAAAGCUAUGGUAGUGUUGGAGACACCGAAGUCGCAGACGAUCAUCACAGAGAAAUGGGAAACUUUCGAAGAAGAAGACGACUAUUACUACUUCAACGAAAAGGCGAUUCAAGAAUAUCAAAAUCAUCUGCCUCCUAUAGUAUCGAACCCACAACCAGUUUACAUCGAGUACUCAAUGCCAGAUUUGAUUACGUUCUAG